UUGUUGAGGGACACGCUGAGGAAGAGACAACCGACCAACAACAAACAACAACGAUGAACCGCAGCCUCCGUCCGUCUCUCCCCGCCGCCGGUCGCUCUCCGCUCGGGUUGUAGAAGGAACCAACCGGCUCUCUCUCUCUGUCUGGCCCCUGAACGCACCGCGUCGUUCGCCGCUCUUCGUUUCAUUCCGGCGGUUGUCGUCGUUUUUCCAGAGUCCCCAACAAGAUGACGAGUUACAAGGCGUUUCACUCCCAGCUGACGUCCAUCAUGGAGGCGCUGACCAGAGCGGCGGUGGCGGAGAUCUGCGAGCUGGUGGACGACAGCUACGCGGUGCUGCAGCUCGAGGUCAGCCGCAGCCGGUCGGAGAACGACGCGCUGCGGAGGAAGCUGGAGCUCAUAGAGACCAUCAUCGCCCGGGGGCACCGGGAGGCGGCGGGCGGCGGCGGCGGCGGGGGGGUGGUGGACUUCACUGCCGUCGGGACCAAACAGCCAAAAACAAACCUCAACAGAAGCGGAAGGGUCCCGAUGUCGGAGCCGACGCCUGCGAGCAAAGAGGAUCCUUCCUCAGUCGCUGUCGAGGAGUCGAGCGACCAGGAUGUCGUCCUGAUAAAGGAGGAAACGCCAAAAGAGGAGGAGGACGCCGGCGGUGCCACGGACGAGCUGCUCCUCCACGAUGACGGAACCGAGGUGCAGCUGUCAGACGACAGCGAGGAGGGACCCUCCGGGAUGAUGCUCUCCGCCUCGGCGUCCGACCCGAGGCCGUGGGAUCAGAACAGCAACGGAUCGUCGGAGCGAGUCCAGCAUCCAGAACCCCACAGUGCUCUGGGGUCCCCGGGGUCUCCGGGCCCCGCGGGCGGCGCUCAGAGCAACUCCUCAGACGUGGUGUUUGAUUUGGCGUCAGAGUCGGACGGCGAAGCCCCGUCGGCGGUCCAGUCGAGGAAGCUGUUCCUCCUCGGGUCGGGAGGAAGCCCGGCCUCCCUGCCCGGGUCCUCGGAGCUGAAGAGGGGCGUGUCUCUGAUCAGCUCCCUCCCCUUCGACACCGAGUUGGAUCUGUGCUCCUCGUGGACCAAUCCGGGUCUGGCGAGCAUGCUGCCCGUCGCUCACCGGCCGGCGCUCCUGGACAAAGUCUCGGACCUGAACGCCGCUGGUUUCCCUUUAGCGCUCGGGCUCGGCGGAUCCAGACUGGACCCGCUGGACCUGAACCGGUACUGCAGGGACCGGCGCUUCGUCUGCAGCUACUGCGGGAAGUGCUUCACGUCGUCGCGGAGCCUCGAGACGCACGUGCGCGUUCACACGGGCGAGCGUCCGUACAGCUGCGCUCAGUGCGGGAAGCGCUUCACGCAGUCGGGACACCUGAAGACGCACCAGAGCGUUCACACCGGAGAGCGGCCGUUCGCCUGCGAGCAGUGCGGGAAGAGAUUCGCCGGGAAGCAGAACCUGAGGAUCCAUCAGCAGAAACACCAUCAGGCUGAGCCGGGCGCCGCUCACACAGGAAGUCUGUCUCUGCACGAGCAGCUGUCCGUCAUCAUGGGCGCGCUCACCGCCGCGGCGGUGGCGGAGAUCGUCGGGCUGGUGGACGAAGGGUUCGCGGUGCUGCGGACGGAGAUCAACCGGAGCCACCAGGAGAACGACGACCUGAGGAAGAAGCUGCACCUCAUCGAGUCCAUAGUGGUCCGGGGCGGCGGCGGUACCGGCGGCGGUACCGGCGGCGACGUGGUGUUGAUCAAAGACGAAGACUCGGACAGUAACGACAGCUUCGAGGAAGAUAACAAAGUGUCGUCUGACGGAGGGUCGGCCGCCGCCACUCGAGAGCCUCCGGUCGGCCGCGGGGCGAAGAGACGCUGGCGUGGGAGCGAGGCCGCCGACAGGAAGUCUACAUCCAAAGUGUCCGUCUACACUCUGGACUCUCCUCGCAGCGAGCCGGGCUGCUCCGGUCAGCUCGGCGGCGUCGGUGGCGACGAGAUGGAGGCCGGCGAGUCCGUUUGCUCGUACUCCUCGCAGCUGAACCCGGACGUCCAGCUGGUCCACCAGGAGUGCUCGCUCCUCCCGGGCGCCAACAGACAAACGUAUUUCGCUAACGGCGCUCUGAUGGAGUCUCCGACCAACCGAGCGGAGCUAGAUCUCAGCCUGACGUGGACCAAACCCUCCAAACACCACGUGGCGUUCGCUCCGUUUCACCAGAACGACCACGCGGACGGCGACGCCUUCGGGAUCAAACUGGUCAGCGUCUCGGGUUCGACCUCCACGGACUGCCAGCUGUCCGAAAGCAGCAACUCGGCGCUCGAGUACGACGACGCCGACGCGAUGAACUUCGCCCUCUACAGGGAGCAGACGGGGCUGUCGCAGGUGGGCGCCGGCGCCCGAGGGAAGCGCUUCAUGUGCUCCGUCUGUAACAGGACGUACGCCACGUCCCAGAACCUGGACGUUCACAUGCGGAUCCACACGGGCGAGAGACCGUUCAGCUGCAGCCAGUGCGGCAAGAAGUUCACGCAGUCGGCGCACCUGAAGUCGCACCUGAUCGUCCACUCCGGCGAGCGGCCGUACGCCUGCACGCUCUGCUCCCGGAGCUUCAUCGUCAAAUACAGCCUCAAGCUACACAUGAAGAAGUGUCACCUCAACACAGAAAAUCCAUGUAAAAUCCCGCACAUGCGCACUCUGCGGUGCCUGUGUACGUUGUUGUACCUCCGCAUCACUUCCUGGUUGGUCUCGAGACUGUUUACAUCAGCUGAGACGUUCACGCGGACGGAGCGAGCGCGUGUCUGUCUCUGUCCCCGCCCGCCACGAGCUCCCGGAACCCGGGACCGGUCCGUUUCGACGCACGCACGCGGUGGGGUCACAGACAUGUCGCCGGCCGCUGCCUUCCACGCGCAGCUCGCCUCCAUCGUGGAGGUGUUGGCCAACACGGCGGUGGCGGAGAUCUGCGAGCUCGUGGACAGCGGGUACUCGGUGCUGCAGCUCGAGCUCUCGCGGAGCCGCAAAGAGAACGAGGCGCUGCGGAGGAAACUGCGGCUCGCGGAGCUCCGAGCGGUCCGCGCGACCGCCCUGCGAGCCGCGGCCACCGCCGGCGGUCCCGCGCUGCUGCUCGCCAACGGCCGCGCUCGAGCUCCGCCGCCUGCUCAUCACCCUGGCAACGAGCCGAGGAGGAGCGGGACGGCCCGAGGUGAGGCGGCGCUGCCCAGAGCGUCCAACCAGGAGACGCCUCCGUCCUCCGACUGUAGACGAGACAGCGCUCAGGAGACGCCCGGCGCCGGCGAGUCGACCCGACUGACCUCCGCCGUCAUCAAAGUGGAGGACGACGAGUCCUGGACCCAGUCUGAGCGGGACGAAGAGUUUCGUUGCGUCGCCGAGGGACGGACGACGGAAGCUCCGCCCCCAACGACCAAACAGGAAGCAGCGGACGAUGGCGGCGGUUCGACUCGGUCAUGGGUGAGCGGGGAAGUCAGCUCCACCUCCAUGUCCGUCCAGACGACCCUGAACGCCGUCCAGAGGUCGGAAACCGGCGGCUACGACCGUCUGAUGUACGAGCCGCAGCUGCAGCCCGGCUCCCUCGGUACCCAGAAUGCUUUGGGUGAGGAUCCCGGCUGCUCGUACUCGUUGAACGCCGGCGUUUCAGCCGAUUCGGGCAGCGGCAGCUUCCCGUUCGCAGUCGGGGAGGUGACUCAGUCUGUGGCAGAGCGCCGGCAGCCCGCAGGUUUCCAGAGCAACCACCAGAGGGCGCCGCCGCCCUCGGACGAGCCGCAGCUUCCUGCGAGGAAAGAGACAGAGCGGCAAAACGCCUUCAUCAGGAGGGAGCGGUGGAGACACCAGGACGGCGCCAACCGGGCGUCCAGCCACAGCCGGGAGGACGGUGGCGGGAAGACGUUCGCCUGCAACUUCUGCGGUAAAACGCUGGCGUGCCUCAAGAACCUGAAGACCCACAUGAGGGUCCACACGGGCGAGAAGCCGUUCAUCUGCGCGCUCUGCGGCAAACGCUUCUCCGACUCCAGCAACCUGAAACGCCACCAGAGCGUCCACACCGGCGAGAAACGCUACGGCUGCGUCCACUGCGGGAAGCGGUUCGCCCAGUCGGGCUCGCUGAAGGUCCACAUGACGGUGCACACGGACUGCAAACAGUUCCGGUGCUCGUACUGCGGCAAGACCUUCAUCUCCGGGAGCCACCUGCGGCGCCACGUCACCGUGCACGCCGCGGAGAGACGCCUCGCUCCGCCGCUGCAGUGACGGAUUAGGGUCAGAGGUCAGAGGUCAGAGACGGGUACGGAGGCUGACCGCGGUAACCACGGCAACGAUGAGAGAAAUGGUUCCGACUGCAGUUACGUGUUUAUUAAAUAAAUAAUAAGAUUUAAUAAUUAUUAAAGUUUUCUCAAAGUAAUUUUCAUGGUUUUUAAAAAUUAUGAGCAAUUAUUUGACCUUUGACCCCUAAAAUGUUUUUAUAUUAAUAUAAAUCUGAACAAUGUUUAUGUCUUAUUGCAUUAAAUCUGUAUUUCUGAUGGUCCUGUUUAAUACCCAUAUAUUUUACAUCGUUUCUCUCUUUAAUAAAGCGACACAGCAAAUAAAAUGUUUCACAAGAUAAAAUAUUUAAAAGUUAAUUUUAAGUAAAUUUUAUUUGUAUUAAAUUGUUCCUGCGGUUUGUCUCUGUACGAUACGAAGACCGUCGACAACCAUCGCUCUAACUGAACAACUGUUGAGUACUUUAAGUUUACAAUAAUUAAAAUAAAGUCCUUCUGUGUUCAGUAUUAACAGUAAAGUUAUUAUUAUUAUUAUUAUUAUUAUUAUUAUAUAUUAGUUGUUUCUGUCGCUCUGUCGUGAUUCUGCAUGUUUGUGUCUGUUUGUGUCUGUUCACUGGUGUUUUUAUACCAUCACGUCUUUUUAUAAUAAAAUCAAUUUAAAAACAA